CAAAAAUUAUCAAAGUUUUUCGAAAUCGCAGAUUAGUUUUAAAUUGAUUUUUUCUGAUGAUUAUAUUUUAAUUUGUAUAUACUUUACGGUUAUUAUUAAGUUUCAAAUUGUGAAGUACGGGUGAGGCCAUCCAUUAUUUAAUGAAUAUGUAUUGGUCAUAAGUGAAUCUUUCCGUGAAAUCAACUUCAAAAUGCUGACAUCCAAAUGUUCACGCGGCUUGCAUAGCCUUUAUAAAAGGCAUAUUAAUGUGAGUUUCAAACAGACUCGCUCCGCGUAUAUUGUACUUUUACCCGAAGUUGAUACCGAGUUAGCCGAAAAACUAUUAUCCGUUCACGAAGACUUACCAGCUUUCUCGAAAUUAUCCACAGACAAGAUCGGAACCAUGAUGGGUAAACAAAUAGUCGAUUACGAAUGUUCUGUACGCAAUAUGGACAGAAAAUUGGAAGAAACUCCACAUUUGUAUCCGGAUCUGUUUGAAGACAUACUCGAUCCUUUGGAAAAAGUCACUUCAUCGUUUGAUACUAUAUGGGGUCUCUUGAAAACUUUAUAUUUAGGCAAUUCGAACCUAGUUCCAGCUACUACUUAUUUUAGUUUAGCCACUAGAGGAGUGCACGCUAGAGGGGUCAGAUUUCAAGCAGAAAGUCUUUAUAGAGCUUGCAAGUCUUGUGAUAAAUCCAAAGUUACCGAAGAACAAGCGCGUUUGGUUGAAAAGCACGUGGUUGAAGGUGAUUUAUCUCUUCUAGACGCUAAACCCAGAUUCAGAACUAUCGGGCAACUUAAAACUCAGAAACUUAUUGAUAGGCAGUAUCAUUUUAGAAUUCGUGUCGAGGCCGCGAGAGCACAGUUCUUCUUAACAAUUGACGACUCGAUGAUCGUUCGAGAUUUUCCAAAAUCUGUUCUGAAAUUAAUGAGUACUGCUGGAAAUGAUUCAAUCGAAGGACCAUGGACUGUGAAAUUGAAUUUCAAUAUCGGCGAUAAAUUCAUGGAAUAUUGUCCAGAUCGUGAUCUUCGAUGGUUAGUGUGGAACGCAGAAGAUAAAGCCGCUUCUCUGGUCGAAGAAAAUAGAGAAUUGGCGAACAGUGUAUGCCUCGAAGAAAUUCGUUUUAUGCGGCACGAAUUAGCGGUAGUUGCUGGAUAUAAAAAUCAUUUCGAGGCAAAUUUAAAAACGAAAAUGGCAGGAAGUAUUGAGAAUAUUCGGAAUACGUUAGAUUCAUUUUUGGCAGUUGCGAAACCUGCUCAAAUGGAAGAAAUUUUAGCUCUUCAAGACUUCGCUAAUGCUAAUAAUUUCGAGUACCCUUUACAGUUAUGGGAUCUCCCGUAUUGGUCUAGAAAAUUUAAGUAUUCGAUUUUCAAUUUCGACGAUGAAAAGUUAAGGAAUUACUUGCCCGCGGAUAAAGUUGUCGAUGGCUUAUUUAACUUAUGUUCGCGAUUAUUUGGUAUCAAAAUACAACAGCAGAAGGAAACGGAUGUUUGGCAUCCGGAUGUGAAAUUCUAUUAUAUUUACGAAGCUGAUGGCGACAAACCGGUUGCUGGAUUCUAUUUUGAUUUGUAUUCGAGAGACAAUAAGAUGAGAGUCCUCGAGGGUGAUGUACAGUUGAUUUCUAUCCGAAAUGCAUCUCGCGUUACGAGACGUGUUCUACCAUUGACCGCUUUUUUGAUGAAUUUACCGCCACCGAGUGAUGAAAAACCAUCUUUGAUGUCUUUCAGCGAAGUGUGCGCUAUGUUUGGCAAAUUUGGACACAAUUUACAAUACUUGCUAUGCAAAUCGUCGUAUGCGGAUGUGGCUGGUUUGAAUUUCGUAGAAUACGACGCAGUUGGCAUUUGUAGCGAAUUCAUGAAAAAUUGGGUGUAUGAUCCUGAAACGUUCGAUAGUAUCCACGGCCAUUACGACACUGGCGAUAAAAUCACCGAUAAAGUUGAUUUGCAAGGUGUAAAGAAUCAUUUAGCUGGUUAUAAAAUGUGCAAAGAAAUAUACAAAGCGAAGCUGGAUAUUCGUAUGCACACUGAAACCCAAAAAUUCUGGAAUGAUAUGCUACCAGAAAUGUGGGACGAUCAUUUCAUCUUUCCAAUGAGUAAAUAUCACAGCGAUCCGGUACGAUAUGUAGAUAUCUUUUCCGGUCCCUGGGGCGCUGCCUAUUACUCUCAUUUGUGGUCGCAAAUGGUGGCAGCUGACGCGUAUCAAGCAUUUCUCGAUGAAAAAACUGACGAAUCUAAUUUAGGCAUCAGAUUUAGAGAUACCUUUUUCGCGUUCGGAGGAAGCUGCCAUGCUGGUGAAGUCUUUCGUCGUUUCAGAGGUCGUGAUCCGCAACCGAAAAUUUUACUCAAUCAGUUAGGAUUAACGAACACGAACCUCGAUUCCAAAAGUAAAGAAUCCGUCGAAGAUCCAAAUGUUGCUUAUACUUGUUGAAGAAAUAAAUCUAGUUUAAAUGUGAUUUAUGUAUAAAGAAUGUUUUGAUAUUGA